UCCGGUCAAGCGGGGGGUAUUCUGUCAAGUCUGUUGCCGCUGUCUUCACACCGUUAUGUGAAGGUAAAGAGAUCCCCGUGAUUCCUAUCAACAUCACUACAGCGCUGAACUGAACGGCGGAUCCGGCUCUCGCAAACACAGCCAUGACAAGAUGUCAAAGGAGACGCACCUCCGUCUCCGGGGCUUUUAUGCUUCCCCGUUUACUGUGCCUGCUGUGUUUUGCUGUCAUUAGUCUGGCGGAGGAGAACACGGAGAUGGUAAACGUGGUGACGGAGAGGAAAGCGGAGGAAAGCCACAGGCAGGACAGCGCCAAUCUGCUCAUAUUCAUCAUUUUACUCACACUCACUAUCCUCACGAUAUGGCUCUUCAAACACCGCCGUUUCAGGUUCCUGCACGAGACGGGUUUGGCUAUGAUUUAUGGUUUGUUUGUGGGUAUAAUUCUGCGCUUUGGGGUCCAUUUGCCUCAGGACUUAAAUGACAUCACCUUGACUUGUGCCAUGAACAGCAGUCCCACAACCAUACUGGUGAACGUGAGCGGCCGUUUCUACGAGUACAGCCUGAAAGGAGAGGUCCGGGACAGCAAGGGCCAUGAUGUGCCAAAUGCAGAGAUGCUCAGGAAGGUUACUUUUGAUCCUGAGGUUUUCUUCAACAUUUUGCUGCCACCCAUCAUCUUUCAUGCGGGAUACAGUCUCAAACGAAGGCAUUUUUUCAGAAAUUUGGGGUCUAUCCUCUCCUAUGCCUUUGUGGGCACAGUGACAUCAUGCUUUGUUACAGGGUUGGUGAUGUACGGCUGUGUGGUGUUUCUGAAAGUCAUCGGUCAGCUUGGAGGGGAUUUCUUUUUCACUGACUGCCUUUUCUUCGGCGCUAUUGUAUCUGCUACAGAUCCAGUGACUGUUCUGGCCAUUUUCAACGAGCUGAAAGUGGACGUGGAUCUCUACGCGCUAUUGUUCGGUGAGAGUGUCCUCAAUGAUGCUGUGGCCAUCGUCCUGUCAUCAUCAAUCGUGGCAUACCAGCCUGAGGGAGACAAUCGUCACACAUUUGAUGGCAGUGCCCUGCUCAAGUCACUGGGUGUCUUUCUGGGAGUUUUCAGUGGGUCUUUUGCAAUGGGGGCUGCAACUGGAGUCAUGACAGCUCUGGUCACAAAGUUCACUAAGCUGAGAGAUUUCCCCUUGCUGGAAACAGCCCUUUUCUUCCUCAUGUCCUGGAGUACGUUCCUGUUGGCUGAGGCUUGUGGCUUCACAGGUGUGGUUGCAGUGCUCUUCUGUGGCAUUACUCAGGCUCACUAUACAUACAACAACCUUUCUGCUGAAUCAAAGAGUAGAUCCAAACAGUUGUUUGAGCUUCUCGAUUUCCUGGCUGAAAACUUCAUCUUCUCUUAUAUGGGCUUGACACUUUUCUCCUUCCAGCACCAUGUGUUCAAUCCCCUCUUCGUCAUAGGUGCAUUUCUGGCCAUAUUUCUUGGCAGGGCGGCUAACAUCUACCCCUUGUCUUUCCUGUUAAACUUGGGCCGCAAGAAUAAAAUCGCCUCCAAUUUCCAGCACGUCAUGAUGUUUUCAGGGCUUCGAGGGGCAAUGACUUUUGCCCUUUCAAUUAGAGACACUGCAACGUACGCCAGGCAGAUGAUGUUUUCCACCACCCUGCUGAUCGUGUUCUUCACUGUGUGGGUCUGUGGUGGUGGGACGACCCCCAUGUUGUCACUCAUGCAUAUUCGAGUGGGAGUGGACACAGAUCAAGAUAAUUCGGUCACAGCACCGGAUGGGAUGACACAAAAAAGUACCAAGCAUGAGAGCGCCUGGCCGUUCAGACUGUGGUACACUUUCGACCACAAUUAUUUAAAACCCUUCCUCACUCACAGUGGGCCUCCUCUCACUUCCACUCUGCCGGCUUGCUGUGGUCCAAUAGCACGCUGUCUCACCAGCUCGCAAGCCUAUGAGAAUGCCGGUCAGUUGCAUGAUGAGGACACAGAGCUGAUUCUGAAUGAUGACAGCAGUUUGAUGUACAGUGACAUGACGGUCAGCACAGAUGCCCAUGGCAUGCCCACCCCCUCCACCAGCCAGGCUGGGCUUUACUCACUAGCAAGAACCUCAGACGAUCCUCUGGACAGGGAGCUUGUGUUCGGAGGCACCCGUCUGGUUCUCCCCACAGAUGAUCCUUCAGACCCCCUGACGUCAUUCCCUCCUCCUCCACCAUCCCCGCCCCUGUCGGACCCUCUGCGCCACCGAGUCUGAGCCUGCCAGACAGCUGCUGACCUCUUGCCUUCUAUGUGAUGCUUUCUUUCGCAGAUAUUAAGUUAAAUGAUUAUGCGUUAACUGGUUUAUUAUAUUGUGCCAUAUAUAUUUAUUUGUCAAGACACUGGUGUACAAUGGUUGUGGUUGCUAAUCCUUCUGUUCCCAAUUUCUCCCAAAAAAUCCUUAUUUGUCAAAUGUGUCAUAAAAGAUUCUAAAUACAUAGUGUACAGUGUUUAGAUCAGACUGAAGGUCUGCAUCUAUGGUGAAUGCACUGAUGUGUCUGGAUUGGUCAUUUCAAAGUCAUACAUAACUUGUGGCUCGGUGUGGAUACAUUUUUAUUAAUAAGUGCCUAUGUCCGGUAAUCUGGUGUUUGUACUGUGCUGUCUGACUCAUCACUAACUCAUUAACAUUUACUUAUGACAAAGAGGUUUAAUAAUACAUAGGAAAAGUGACUUAUUUGAAAGAGUUUUGUUACUGUUCCACACCCAUUGAUCCUCUAAUAAAUGAGAUUUGAUGUAUACUUUUUAA